AUGUUAUGUCAAAUAUAUGAUGAUGAUGAUUUUGUUGAUUUAAAAAUAAAGAGUUCAGAUUUUAUUUCUAUUACGAGAACACCAGAAGAGUUUGAAGCAAAUGCCUCUGUGCGAUUGGUUUUAAAACCUUGCGUCAAAUUAUUAAAAAUAUUAAUACAUAUUAAAAAUAUGUCGGCAAGAACAUGCAUGACAUUUAGUUCCAGAACAGGAGAAAAAAUAAUAUUUUGGAGAACACCAUAA